CAAAAAAAUCAGAAAAUCCAAAUCUAUUUAAAGUGUUUUUACUGGGACAAAAUGGCAUCUGCUGGUUUGUUAGCAGGUCGAAUCGCUUUAAUUACAGGUGCUGGUAGCGGUAUAGGCCGGGCAGUUUGUCAGGUUUUUGCACGUGAGGGAGCCGCUAUCGCCGCCGUGGAUUUAAACAAGGACGCCGCCAAUACCACCGUCCAAGGGCUGACGAACACUUCCGGUAUCAGUCACCAGUCGUUCUGCGCUGACGUGUCGGCAAGCGGGUCGGUGUCGGACCUGAUUCAGAACGUUCGGUCGGCGUUCAAUGGACUGCCGACGGUGGCAGUGAAUUCCGCCGGCAUCACACAGGAUGGCUUCAUGCUGAAAAUGUCAGAAGAGAAAUUUGAUAAAGUCAUUGCGGUGAACUUAAAGGGUACUUUCCUUGUGAAUCAGGCGCUUUGCCGUGCACUCGUGUCCGAGAACGUUCGAAACGCUUCUAUCGUCAAUAUAUCCAGCAUAUCCGGAAAGGCGGGUAACCUAGGACAGGCUAACUACGCCGCCUCCAAGGCCGGUGUGAUAGGGCUGACCAAGACUGCAGCAAUAGAGCUGGCUAAGCAGGGUAUCCGAGUGAACGCCGUACUUCCGGGAUUCACGGUGACCCCGAUGACGGACGCGGUACCGGACAAGGUCAAACAGAUGGUGACGAUGUUGAUUCCAAUGGGGCGGAUGGGGCAGCCCGAGGAGAUCGCCGAGGCGUGUCUGUUCCUAGCCUCGGAUAGGAGCAGCUACAUCACGGGGGUGGCACUAGAAGUCGCCGGAGGCCUUUACGCCUGAAUCACGAAGGAAUUCUGCCAUCAACAACAACUGGUGGUGCUUGGUUACAAUGGUGCUAGGCUCUGAUUAUGAUUAUAUAGCCAGCGUAUAUCCAGCCCAGCCUACGCAUGCGCAGAAGUCUGGUCGGGAGCUACUCUGUCCGCCUUUGAGACCAUGAAACCUUUCGUUACUUUAUACUUGACAGCGUAGCUCCUUACAAGAUUGCGUGUUUGGCAUAAGACCCAUUUUUGCAUGACGUGGCUUAUUUACCUGACAUUGAAAUGUUGUAGGCAAAACAGGUUGAUACCUCUAUGAAUGUUCUUAAUUGUGUACUGUUACUGUGUUUUGGUUAUGUUUUAUUGACAUUAAAGUCAAAACAACGAG